GCACAGCUCCAACAAGGCUUGAGUUCCCGAGCGUGCUCACGGGUAACUACACAACAGUGGAGACUGUCCGCGACAUCAGAGAGGAGAUCGAAGAGCUGAGCUUGGAGUUACCAGGGUACAACUACCUGAGUUAAGAUCAGGAGGAAUCUGAGAAAAAUGGUUCGGGUUUGUGCCUUUCCAAAUUGCGGCAACAAAAUGAAGAGCUAUUUGUGCUUGAGCUUUCACCGUCUACCCAUCUGCAACCGGGAGACUUUACCGUUGUGGCUGGUUGCACUUCAGGUUGAUGUGCGAACUUCUUUGCGAACAUUACGUGAGAUAGAUUACCGUGUUUGCAGCGAACAUUUUGAUGAGGGCGACUUCAUCGAAAAGAACCAAAGCCGGCGGCAUCUGAAGGCAAAUGCCAUUCCAAAAGCCAAAAGACCAGCUGCAGACAAAUUGGAGACGUCUUCUGAACACCCGGCGGUUGGAGGCGGGCCCGCAGGAAAAGCGACGUCUUCGUCAGUCGUGACAGGAAAUGGAAACUGGGACGGUGCAGGUGCAGGUGCAGGCGGGAUGGACCAGAUAACAGUGGUGAGAAUAGACGACACACACAUUGCUGAGGAACAGUGUCAAGACGGGGGGAAGGUAAAAGACGCCGCACAGUGCUAUGAGGUGGAGUACUUGAUGCCUGCGGCGGAGGAAGAGGAAGAAGACGGCGUUUACGUCAUCGAGUAUUCAAAUCCCGAAGAGGAGGGAGAGAGCUACCAGUUCACGAUGUCUGUGGACAAAUCGCUCCCGGCCAAAAAGCCGAUAAUUGCACAUCCCGUGGUGAGAGAGAGCGCCGGAGCUCCUCUACCCGUGUUGUCCAAACCGUCCACGGCGCCGAGGCCGAGACCCGGCGCAGGGCAGAAGAGGAAGCUGAUUGCGGAGGAGGAGAAAGAGGAGGAGGUUCUGAGCAAUAAGAGUGUGCUGGAGCUCGGAGAGCACUACAGCGACGUGAUGGGGAUGAACUCGGGCGGGGGUCAGAGUCAGCUGGUGUGCACGCUGUGCCCGCCGCCCGGCAAGUUCUUCAAGAGAGGCUCGGGUUUGGCCGUGCAUUUAAAACACAUGCACAACCUGGACACGAAUAAGAAGUUCUUCUGCACGCCGUGCCAGCGCUCGGUUCGCACUCAGAUCGAACUGGACCGGCACACGAAACGCCACGCCAACAAGGCCGCCGUGUUCACCUGCCACCUCUGCCCGGCGGAGGCGGAAAACGAGGCGGAGGCGGGGAAGAGGGGGUACAAAGGGUCGAGGUGUGGUCUGAAGAGUCACCUGGAGACGGAGCACCCGGGCGUCAUCCCCCGCUGCCACAUCUGUAACAAAGGCUUCCAGUCGAUCGUGACGUACCUGGCCGAUCAGUUCAGGCACGUUGGCGUGUCGCCACACCACUGCGCCAAGUGUCAGAUCUACGAAAUGACGUCGAGGGGUCUUCUUAUUCACAUCAAGAACCACGACAAGAAGAAGCAGCAGCAGCAGCAGGAGGAGUCUGGUGAAAACCCCCCGCAGACGCUCGGAGUCUCCGCCAACGGCGAUAACUCUGCCACAGACGACUCGGACUUCUGACACCAUUUUGUUUGAGUUCUGUCUGGUUUUAGACUAAAUAGUGAGCUCCUCUUUGUCAGACAUGUCUGACUUUUAUGCAUCUUUGACUGUUCUGAUCUGAACUGUAGACACAAUUAUUUGUUGUUUUUUUUAAAUCUCAGAAUCUGCCUCAAGUUGUCCGUAACUUGUGCAGUUUGGUGGGGUCUUCUACCUUGAGCAUCGUCAUCGUUAUUGUGGAGGAAAUGCAGUUUGGUAACGGUGGUCUCCACGGGGAUGGAAGGAAAGCAUCAUGUAAAAAGGAUUAGUUUGACAUUUUGGGAUGUCUUCCUUGCUGAGAGUCAGGUGAAAGGACCAAUACUACUAUCGGAUACUUUCAUUAUUUUCCUCGCCGCCGCGAGUGUAAUUGCUCUGGAAGGAAUUGUUGGGUCUCUGCACAUUAUAGAGUGUGGUCUAGACCCCCUAUUCUAUCUGGAAAGUGUCCUGCGAUGAUUUGACACUAAAUGAAAUUGAAAUGAUCUUGUUGAUAAAGUCAGAAAAUAGCUGAAAAAAUCCUGUUACAGUGACGUCGUUAAAUGUUCUGUUUGACCAACAGUUCAAAUCUCAAAUCAAAGUUUAUAAUAUUUUAUAACCAAGACUAACUUUAGAGGAGGUGAAACCAGAUGUUUCUGUGUUUUUGGUUUAAAAAAAAUGUCCAAAAAAACGGUUUUAAUUGCCAAUGUAAAUACGACUCAGGUUGUAAAAGGUGUGUGUAUGUGUGUGUGCUGUACAUUCUGUAUUACUCACGAGUUAUUCCAGUUCCAGUAGAGAGUAUAUAUCAUCCUGCAGCACACAGAGGAUCAUUUAGAGUGGGGAUGUUUACAUGUCGCUGGUUUGAAGUCAGAUUUUAUUCUGAAAAAAAAACGUCCUGUUCGCAGCUCAUCUGUAAUCAUCUGCAGGUUUUCUUCAAUUUUAGUUGUAAGAAAAUGAUCUCAGUAUUAAUAUUACUGUUAGUAUUAUUAGCUUCCAUAAGAGUUUUUUUUUUUUUUAUCCGAAAUGUUUGAAUGUGCAGAUGGUGGAAAAACUAAAUAAGGACACCAAAGUAGCUGAUGUAAAGGCCAAUGCCAGUAUUUGAGGGAGAAAUCACUUUGAAAUCAAAGGAUUCAAAGUGGCAGUUAUAAAUUAACUAAAAAAUACACUAAUGGAUAUAUAAAUAAGUGAAAGUCAGUGUUUCCCCCAGAAAAGUUGUGAAGCCCGCUGGCAGCGAGGGCCUCGGCUGUGGGCCGGUCCCAGAGCAUUGAUGUAGAGCCCAACAGUUUCUGUGAUAACGGAAUCGCUAAACCCAGAUUCCAUAGAGCCCUACGUUAAGUCAGUGCUAACUGUAAAUACAGAUGACAAUAUUUAUAGCCUUUUUCCGACCAAGUAGUUACAGGAACGUGGUUAUAGGAACAGUCCACUUCUCAACAGAUCUACUAACUACUCUCCCCCAAAACCGGUUUCUCCAUUUGCAUUCACACUGGCCAAGUGGCCAUAGGAACUGACCUUUUGUUAUUAUAACACAGCCAUCUAACCACCACUGUGCUGAAAAGGUAAAAGUGAAAAGCCCCUGCCCUGAAGUAGGAGCUGAAAGAGUUACAGGAACUGUGGCCAAGAGGGACUUAAUAAUCUCCAAAUUGGUCCAGUCGGAACAGGAAAA